GCGAAAGUACAAAUCAGCUAAACAUAUUUCAGUUAGUAUCUCUCUACAGAAAACAGGCGUCCCAUAAAAAAUGCCACAAAAUCUUACGCGCGAUUGCCUGAGCGUCCACGACCAGCAAGUGCUUGAUUCCAUUUUCAAUCCACUGGCUAUGACAUCGAGCGUGGUGCAGGCAAUAGAACCAGAGGCGAAUGCUGAGCUGCUGGAUAUCGAAGAGAACAGCGCCGAAGUGCAGCAGUCGAGGGCGCUCGAAAUAAGUGCUAUCAAGUUGGCAGAGGAGGGCCAGCUUUCGAAGGCGUUGCAGACAUUUGAGCAGGCGUUGAAUGUGGCUCCAACACGUGCCUCUAUUUAUAAUAAUCGCGCGCAGGCUCUACGACUCGCCGGUCGAGAUGAGGACGCUCUAGCGGAUCUCAACAAAGCAAUUGAACUAUGCAUCAAGACACCGCGCACAAAAUGCACUGCUCUGUGUCAGCGCGGUGUCCUUUACCGCAAGCAGAGCAAUUUAGAUGCGGCUCGCAAAGAUUUCGAAGAGGCAGCACAGUUGGGCAGCAGUUUUGCCAAAACACAGCUGGUUGAGAUCAAUCCGUUUGCGGCACUUUGCAAUCAAAUGUUACGCCAGGCAUUCGAUCAAUUGAAGUAGAAUUUAUUGCCAUACGGAAUUUAGAAUAACAAUGCACACAUACACCGCCUGAGAGUGGAUGCAGAGGAGCGAAAUGAAGACAUUAACUAUUUUAAUUACGUAAUACGAGUGUUUAAAUAGAAGCGAAUCAAAAGUCCU